UUAUAUGUUUUUAUUGAUAUUAUUUGUCUUUAUUUCAGAUGCUGAUUGGAUAUGAAUCUGGACAAAUUGCUCUUUGGGAUUUGAAACUAAAGACUGCGGAAUGGAGAUGUCAAACUGACGAACCAUUACGAUCGAUCUCUUGGCAUCAUGAGGGUAAACAAUUUAUGUGCAGUCAUACUGAUGGUUCCUUAUCUACGUGGUUUUUGAAACAGGCUAGACCUAUCAGCGUUAGUCACCCUCACGAUUUUCAGGAUCCUUAUGCAGUGGUUGUUCUACUAUUAAAUGAUUUAGUAGUAAUUGAUUUAUUAACACCGGGAUUUCCUUGUUUUGAAAAUCCAUAUCCAAUGGAUUUACAUGAAUCACCGGUUACUUGUUGUGCAUAUUUUGCUGAUUGUCCGGGUGAUUUAGUUCCGGCAUUUUAUUCUGUUGGCUCUAAACAUGCAGAUGGCAGUAUAAAAUUUUGGGAUGGGUCUGCAGGUUCAUUACAAGUAUUAUAUAAAUUAAAAACAGCCAAGUUGUUUGAGAAAUGUAAAACUAAAAGCUUAGAUAAUGAUGAGGAUCCACUGGCCAUACAAUUAAUGUUUUUAUGCCCCGAAAGCCGUAAACUAGCUGUUGUUGGCGCUGGUCGCCACGUUAUUUUAUUCAAGUUUAAAAAAGUUGAAAGUAUGUCAGAAGUUGUGACACUAGAAAUUUCGCUGACUGGUGACGGUAAAGAUACUGAAGGUUCACCAGAUCCCGAUUUAGAUCCUUGUCAAAUUCCGGGUGUCGAAGAAUCACGAGCUGCUGAAGCUGCAAAUUCAUUAAAGGUCAAGGGAGGUUUGCAGAAACGUGCUGCUGGAUUUCAAGCAACUUUAAUCUGUUUAACGUCUAAUAGUGGCGGUGAACAGACGGAAAACAUCACAUCACUGAGCCUGAAUUCAUCUUAUGGCCUAUUAUCAUACGGCAAUGAAACCGGUCUAGCUAUUGUGGAUAUCGUACAAAAAGUAAAACUACUAGUGAUAAGUACCGCAGAUAUUGGUAAUAAUACAAGUGAUCCAUGUCAACGGGCACUACGCAGCCCCAAACGUCAAGACGACUCGAAAAAGGAGAAUGACGACAAAGCACGCAGUCCCAGUAUUGAUCAGAUUCACCGAGAAUCGGCAACAGACUACGAAUCAUUAGUAGCAGUAGGAGAAAAGGCUUCUUCUUGUACUUCCUUCCCUUUGCACCAUCCUCAACAGCUGAUGCACCUACCCCAACAACAACAACAACAGCAACAACAGCAUCAACUUACCGACGAUUGUCACGGUGUGAAUAGCGAAACACGGGAAACAGAUCCUAAUGUGAAAGAUGGUACAUCAUCAGUCUCAACAACACCAAUUGCAUUGCGAAAGUCUGGAAUUUCUGGGAAUGAAGAUGAGACGCGUGAUAAGAAAACAUGGAAGUCAUUUAGUCUGAAACGACAGCUUAGCAGAGUUGAUAUUAAAAUCAAGAAUACUUUUACGCCGUCCACAGCUUCAACAGCUUCAACGACCACAGCUACUAAUGGGAAACAAGCAUCACAAUCAACAUUUUAUCGCAAUACCACUGAAGUAUCAUCACCAGAAUUAAAUGAUGAAACAACAACCGGGUCAACAACAGUAUUGCCAUCAUCAUCAUCAUCAUCAUCAUCUAGUCGAAGUCCUGGAUCAUCGCGUUCUCCACGCAGUGAGCAACGUGGCUUAACAACUGCUAGUGAAUUAUCAACAAUAUUAAGUCCUAGUGAUGUGUCAGAUGACAAUGAAGACAGUGACAAUAACAAAAAAUUAAUAAAUCCAUUUGCUAAUAAUCCAAUACGACCUAUUGAUCUACCUCUGUUAGAAAAUCAUGAUAAAUUAAUGGAAUUACAUAAAAAGCGUUUAAAAGGGCGACAUAUGAAGACACGUUUAUUGUACAAAUUAAUUUUGCAGUCUUCCCUGACAGCAAGUUUGAUUCAGAUGAACGGGAUGUGUGUAUCACCUACAGCGGGAAGAAAUGUAUUGAGUGUCAGCGUUGAAAAAUGUGGUGAUAAUAAUAGUGAUAGUAAUGAUGGUGUUAAUCAAUCGACAAAUAAUCGUACGUUAGCAAUUGAUGGAACAUCAACAUCUUCAUUAUCAGUUAAUGAUGAUACUGGGUUAUCGAGUAUUUUUCGUAAAUCUCCAAUGGAAUCGCGUCAUCAUUCCCUUCAUCAUCAUCAUCAUCAUUCACGUACUCAUGGAAUUAGAAAAUUACAAAAAUGUUUAAGUACGUCAGUAACUAACUACGAGACAGAUAUAACAGCUGGUUUAUCAUCAACAUCAGCUCAACAUUUUCACGGUGAAAAUCGUAAUUUAAUAUCUGCUAAUCAAACUUCAAUGGCUUCCCAACCAAUUCUCAGCAACGUCAGACAAUAUAGCAGCUUUGGACUGAAUAAAAUAUACGAAUUUAUUUUUCGGAAUGCUGGCCGUGCAGAUAAAUUCGACAGUACAUUCCAACGUUCAAGAAGUUCAAGCAUGUCAUCACUUGAAAAUAUUUCAACAGAAACCAUCAGCUGCCUUACAUUUGCCGAUUGUUACACAAAAAAAACCGAUGUUACUGUUUUACCAACAUUAUGGAUUGAUGCAUAUACGUUUAAACUAAAAGGUUGUAUUUUAACAAUUUCAUUUUUGGAUUGUAAUGGUGCAUUAAUACCAUACUCCUAUGAGUCAUGGAAAGAUGAAACUACUGAAGGUAAAGAACGUAACCGCGGUUCUAGAACGAAUAGCCGUAUGUCACCAUUGUUAAAUGCACAAACGUCAAACACAACGGGAGAAGGUUGUGAUGAUCGUCAAUUUGUUAUUUUGGUAUCUGAGAAACAAGCUAGAGUUGUUGCAUUGCCAUCGCAAAAUUGUGUUUACAGGCAACAAUUGAGCGAAACUCAUGCUGUUAUUAAAGCGGAAAUUACAUCCAUUAAAGAUGUUGAUUUUCUACCAUUGCAAGAUCUCAGUUUUCAGACAACAAAACACGGCAUUGUAGACCCUAUGUUGUCCAUAUGGGGUCAUCAACUCUUUGUUAAUGGCGAUACAGAUCAAAUUUCGAAGACUAUUUGUUUUAGCAAUAGAGGUCAUGGAUUAUAUUUGUCAUCACCAACGGAGAUACAGAAGUUUAGUGUAUCUAGUGAGUUCUGCUCCGAGUUGACUGAAAUGAUGGGAGAUUUAUUCGUAACAGUAGAUAUGCCUGAACCGCCUAAAGAAAGCUUCUUUAAAGGUCUUUUUGGUGGUGGCGCACGUAGUAUAGAUCGUGAAGAGUUAUUUGGUGAAUCCAGUGGACGUGCAUCACGUACAAUAGCUAAGCAUAUACCAGGACCUAAUGCAAGUACUGAAGCAAUGCGUGAACGAGUUUCAACGGCAACAGGUGAAGUUGCGAUGGCACAUCAAAUGGUGAUGGAACGUGGCGAUAAAUUAUCACAGUUAGAAGAAAGAACAGCACGGAUGAUGAAUGAAUCAGAAAAUUUUGCUUCUUCAGCUCAUGGGCUUAUGCUCAAAUACAAAGACAAAAAAUGGUAUCAACUAUGA